ACACACACAGAAGAACUUGGCAAGAAUGUGCAUAAUACCUGUCGCAGCAGGAUAAAAACAUCGCUACGACACCUGACGCGUUUCUUUCCUGAAACAAGAUGACUCCCGCGCGCCCUCGCCGGUCGCUCGCCGCUGUUGUUGCCGUAGGACUGUCACUCAAGGACGGCAGCCACACCGCGUAGGAGGAGCUAGCGGCGUGUUUCCGCUAAGAGCAGGCCGAGACGAUAAUCUAUGCAGCCGUACCGAGAAUUGUAGCGGCAGAACAUUUGGCAGCUAUUACAGGAAAUUGUUUAACUCCAAUUUGUUUAAUCACCGGGGAGCUGCGGUUGUCCGUAUCGGGUGGGGAGAAGAAAGAGUGGCAGCUGGGCUGUAAGCAAUGGAAGCCGAGUUUUUGGAAAUCGAUGAAAAGGGGAGUUGGAACGCCGUUUAUCAGGAAAUUCGCCAGCAGUCGUGUGAACUGCCCUGUAAGGUUGCCAAAUCCCCCGAUAACAAGACUCGGAACCGCUACCGGGACGUCAGCCCGUUUGACCACAGCAGGAUACGCCUGCAGCAUGGCGCAAAUGACUACAUUAAUGCCAGCCUAAUAACAGUAGAAGAGACACAGAGGAACUAUAUUCUUACUCAGGGACCCCUCCAAAACACAUGUGGCCACUUCUGGGAGAUGGUGUGGGAGCAGAGGACCCGCGGCGUAGUGAUGCUGAACCGAGUAAUAGAGAAAGGAUCUAUCAAGUGUGCCCAAUACUGGCCUCAAAGAGAGGAGAAAGACGCCAUCUUUGAGGAUACCAAUUUUAAGCUCACCUUUGUCUCGGAGGACGUCAAAUCUUACUACACGGUCCGUCAGCUGGAGUUGGAAAAUCUGUCUACUCGGGAGACGCGUGAGAUUUUACAUUUUCACUACACCACCUGGCCUGACUUCGGGGUACCGGAGUCUCCCGCCUCCUUCCUCAACUUCCUAUUCAAGGUGCGGGAGUCGGGCUGCUUGAACUCGGACCAGGGACCCGUGGUGGUGCACUGCAGCGCCGGCAUCGGGCGCUCUGGGACCUUCUGUCUGGUGGACACCUGCCUUUUGUUGAUGUCCCUCCGUAAAGACCCGUCAUCGGUACGCAUCCGGGACGUGCUGCUGGAGAUGCGCCGCCAUCGAAUGGGCUUGAUACAGACUGCAGACCAGCUCCGCUUCUCCUACCUGGCCGUCAUUGAAGGCGCCAAUUACAUCAAGGGGGAUACAUCUCUGCAGGCAAGUUCCUCCUCGCUUGUCGAAUCGUGGAAAGAGCUAUCAAAAGAAGAAGAUGAUCCUCCCGAGUUCUCCCCUCCGCCUCCCCUUCCUCCUCCCAGAGACCCUCACAAUGGAAAAGUGGAGCCGUCUUUUUUCCCAGACGACGUGGAGCUCAUCCAGCGGCAGGAAGUCCGCACUGUGGGGUCCUCGCCCGACACGGAUCUCCGAAAAAGGAACGUAGCCCCCAUCCCUCAGCCUCCGCCCGACGGGGAGACGCAGGUGGACGGGCCGGCGGGAGUCCAGGGCCCCGCGGCUGCCGCUCAGAGCAAAUCCCCGCCGGCGGCGGAGGGGGGGGAGCAGCAGGCGGCGGGCCCCCCCGCCCCGGGGGCGUGGUCGCCCCUGCUCGCCAACGUGUGCCUGUGCACGGCGCUGGCGCUCAGUGCUUACGCUUGCUACAGAGCCUACUUCCACUGA